UUACAGGUUCUUCUGGGCCCCUGCUGAAGAUCUGUUCUGAAAAUUGUGAUUAAGUACAGUUUUUGAUAGAGGAAAUUUGUUGCUUCUGUUUAUCAAGAUGAUUACAACACCUUCAAAACAUCCAGGAAUUCACUUGUCUUCAGAGACCUCUUCUCAAAGGAGAAAUAUGCCCAUUCACGCAGUCUUUUUUGACAGCAUCCCUUCAGGAACACUUACACCUGUAAAAGAUUUGCUGAAAUAUCAGAACUCCUUUUUAAAAUUGAAUGACCAGAAAAAGAAUCAAUUCUCAGAAAUGACAUUUUUUCAAGAUAAAAAUGUAUUUCAUUCUACCAUGCUAGCAGAGCCUAGCACCUCUAACAGUCUUCUUAAUAUUGAUAUCAGUGCUAUAAAGCCCAGUAAGGAUGGAUUAAAAAAUAAAGCAAACUAUGAAUCACCAGGAAAAGUAUAUCAAAGAAUGAAAGAGAAGGUAAUGUGUAAUAAGCAAGAAAAAGCAUCACCAAAAAGUGAAAGUAACAAAAUUUUUAUGCAUAAUGGAGCUGAGAAAAGAGUAUUGCAGCAUACCUACCUCUGUGAAGAAAAGGAAAACAACAAAUCAUUUAGAUCAGAAAACAGCUUAUUAAGAGUCCAAGAAGUUCCUCUAGAACCAUCAAAUAUCUUACUCCCGGUCAAGCCAAAGAUUCAAUGUCAACAGGCAAAGAAAGCGCCUCUGCACAAUUUAACUUACGAGCUUCCAGUUCUGAACCAAGAACAUGAAAGUGUUUCAGCUGCGGUAGUCUCCAACAGGGCAUUAACUAGAGCUCAGUUGGCAAAACAAAUUCUUUUAAAGGAGAAUACAGCUGCAACCACUAAGUUCAAAAAGAACACAUUUGUUUUAGACGACAUUAACUCUUCCUAUGAAAAAUUCCAAAAUACUACUGCUGAGACUCUCAAUACUAACUGUGUUUCUGUUAAAAAUGACAGUCAAUUAAUGAUUUCUGAUAAUGAGGUCAGAAUAAAAGGGUCUUCACAACAGGAAAUUAAGGGAAGAAAUGAGAAAACAGUGCCCAGAGAAACUGAUCUUCCAGGUUCCAUAAACGACACAUGUAAAAUUGUGCUUGCAACUCCAGGGUUUAAUGUAACAAUACCUCAGGGAUCAAAGAGAUACACUUCAAAGAUUCUUCCAAGUAUAUGCCAAACUACUACAAAUGGAGUUAAAAAUAAUAAGGUAGUCCAACUACAGGAAUGGAUGAUUAAAAUCAUCAACAAUAAUACUGCUAUAUGUGUAGAAGGAAAAUUGAUAGACGUCACUAAUAUCUAUUGGCACAGUAACGCAAUUGUAGAACGGAUUGAACACAACAAACUUAAGACAUUAUCAGGCAACAUUUAUAUAUUAAAAGGGAUGAUAGACCGGAUUUCCAUGAAAGAAGCAGGCUAUCCAUAUUAUCUCAUAAGGAAGUUUAUGUUUGGCUUUCCAGAAAAUUGGAAAGAGCACAUUGAUACUUUCCUAGAACAAUUAAGGGCUUGUGAAAAGAAAAAGAAAAAGGCCAGACAAAAACAGAAAAGUAGAAGAUUUGUGCCCGACAUAGGAAAGUCAAUGAAAAAUGAUGCAGGAAUAAACCAAACAGAUGGCCUCCAAAGAACCAGCACCAUUUAUGACCUUGAUUGUAACCAUUUGGAACUGAAGAAGAAUAAGCACAGUACAUUGCCAGGAGCUAUAGAAUUAAACAUUUGCCAGAGUAAUCCUCAAAAUAAACCACCAAUAAGCUUCCCAGAUGACCAAAUAAAGAAUACUGUUCAAAAUGGGGGAGAAUAUGACUUAACUAAUCAGGAAUUGAUUGGAAAAAGUGAAUAUAAGAAGUUAUCUUCAAAGAAACUCAAAAAUUGUGAAAGAACAAAUAAAAAGAUAAUUAAAAAUCAGGAGCAAGAGCAAACCGAAGAAUCGAAGGUAUCCAUUGAUAUUAUCAUCUCAGGGAAAUCACCUUUCUCAAAUGAAGAAAGAAAAUAUGCGGCUACUAAUCAGAAGGAAGUCUGUGUUUUGGUAACACCACUUAAAUCUAAAAAUGUGAUAGAGCAAAAAUGCAUGAAGUAUAAUGUAUCGUCUGGUGCCGUUAAAGCAGUAACAGAUUUUAUAGUGCCAAAGCAUCAAAAAGAAAGUGAAUCAGACUUAAAUGAAACUACAUGUCCAAUUAGUAAGCCCAGAAAGACUUUCAAAGAUGUAUAUGAGAGUGACGUGGGUCAUAUAAGCGAAAACAAGGAGGAUUGCAUUGAACGUGAUAUACUCACUGUCAACCAGAAAAUAAAAAUACCUAGUUCUAAUAAGAAACAAACGGUCACCUCUGACUUUAAGAACAAUACAAAGUUGUUAUCAACAUCAAAGAAAAUUGAAAAAAAUCAAGUAACAAAUCAAGAUUUGUCUGCUGACAAGAGUGAAACGGAAAAGAAAAUUAGAAUAAAAGCUGGGGAUAUUAAGAAGACCACAACAAGAAAUACCAAAGAAAGAGUAGUUCACCAAAGAAAAAGCAGAAGGAACAUCACUGGAAAAAUCUCAGUGACCUCUGAAUCUGAAACUGAAGAAAGUGAAACUGAAUUUCAUAUCCUAAAAAAGAAAGCUAGAUGUUCUGCUGAAAUAAAUUGUCAGAAAUCUGAUAUUAGGAAUGAGUUACCAAUUAUUAACAAAAUGGGAUCUGGUGAAACGAAGAGGCAUUCCUUAGAAUGUUUACCUGGUUUAAUUCUGGAUGAAGAAUGGAAUGAGAAGGAAUUGGAGAAGCUUCAUUGUGCUUUUGCAUCUCUUCCCAAGCACAAACCUGGUUUCUGGUCAGAUGUUGCUAUGGCUGUAGGUUCUAGAUCUGCUGAAGAAUGUCAGAGAAAAUACAUGGAAGAUCCCCAAGGAAAUGGAUUCCAGAAACAUGUCACUAAGAAAAAGCCAAUCAAUCCCAAAGGCCAAAAGAAUGGCAAGAGAGAUGAUUCAGAUAAGAAGCAAACUAUUAAGAUAACUGCCAAAGUGGGAACUCUUAAAAGGAAGAAGCAGAUGAGGGAUUUUCUGGACCAGUUGCCAAAAGAUGACCAUGAUGAUUUUUUUAGCACAACACCUUUUAAGAAACAAAGAGUGCUGUUGCCAAAUUUCCAGUACAGUCAAGAAGAGGAUAUUCUUCCAAAUAUGGACAGAAAUCCAACAACUCCAUCCUCAGUUAUCUUUCCACUGGCAAAAACUCCCCAGUGUCAGCAUGUCAGUCCUGGAAUGCUAGCCUCUAUAAACAGGAAUGACUGUGAUAAAUAUGUUUUUCACAUGCAAAAAAAACAUAAAAAUAAAGGUGGUGUUGUCUGGGGCAAUAUCAAGAAGAAAACAGUGGAAAGUGAUUUUUCAACUCCAUCAAGAAGAAAAACCCCACUUAACAAAGGAGAAAGCUCUACUAUUGGAAAACUUUUCACUAAUGCUAUGGAGUCUUUGGAUGAAGAAGAGAAAGAUUAUUAUUUUUCAAGUUCUGAUUCUGCAUAGUAAAAGUGAGAAAAUAUUUCCAGUAUUUUUAUCAAGAAGCAGACAGUUGUUCAUACCUUCAUUUGGAGUACCUAUAUUUUCUUUAUAAGUAGCUUCUUUUGAAAUUGUGGGCUCCUUGUCAAAGGUUCUAUUGUUUGUAUUCAAAGGUAAAGAUCCUUCUAUAUAAUAUUCCUCAUUGCUGCAGCUUACUAAAACUAUAAGGAAAAUUGUGUUGCUUGUUGUAUAAAUGGUCUCUCAUGAGCAUCUAAGUCUGUUUAAGAAAAUCAUGAUCCAAACUGAAUUUUUAAAAUCUUUCAAAAAAAUGUUGCUACCCUUAAAGAAGGAGGUUGGGGGGAAUAAAGGAUAGAUUGUACUGGUAGCUACUGAAUUCAUGAACACUUGAAAUUAGCGUUUUUAACCACUUGGUAUGUAAGCCAAAGUUGAUACGAUGUUUAAAUUACUUGUUGAAACUUUGUUAUGCUUUCUUUUCUCCCAAUUGUUUUUCUUAAAACUUAUGAUUGGCAUACCUAUGAACCUAUGCAAAUUUUAAUUUAUUGCUUUUUCCGUAUUUUAUUAGAUAGUGUCAGAGAACAGAUUUUGUUGCAGUUCUUAAGCCUUAUUUACAUAUUCAGGCACAGCAUAUGUAAAUAUUAAAAAGUAUUAAAGAGACUAGACUAGACAAACAUUCAAAUAAUAAUAGGUCUACCAUUAUAAGGGGUUAUUAUGUUGUAGUAAACAUUGUUUUCAAAAAAACUCUUUAGCUUAUUCUGCCAUUAUGUUUUAAAAUUUGUCAUAGAAUAUUCCCCUCUGGUUACAGUAAUUGUUCACCUACCCUUCUCUCCAAUUAGGUUGUUCAAAUAAAAUUAGUUUGCUUUUAUAA